GGAUUGCAAUCGUAGCUGACUAUCUAGUGCAUUGCAGUGCUUUGAGCCGCCAAAUCCAGAGACGGAUGCGCAAACGAUUCCUUGAACGCUACGGUCAAGAUGGAUGAUGGAAGUAAUGGUGGCAACAUAAAACAAGAGGCUGAAGUCAACAACAAGAAUCUUAUUAUCAACUACCUACCACAGGCCCUCACAGAUAAAGAGUUCUCACAAAUGUUUUCCUCAGUGGGGGCCAUCAAGCAGUGUAGAGUUAUGAGGAAUAUGCAGACCGGCUACAGCUUCGGUUAUGGCUUCGUGGAGUUCAUCAACCCUGACGACGCCGACAAGGCCAUCGCGUUGCUGGAUGGCCUGCGGGUGCAAAACAAACGGAUCAAGGUGUCGUACGCCAGGCCGCCCGGUCAGGACAUCAAGGACACCAACCUGUACAUCCAGAACCUGCCCAGGAACAUCGAGGAGUCCUUCCUAGACGAGCUGUUCUCGCCGUUCGGGAAGAUCGUGCAGCGUCGCCUGCUGCUGGACAAGUACACGCAGAUGCCGCGCGGCGUCGGCUUCGUCCGCUUCAGCCGGCGCGAGGAAGCGCAGCACGCCAUCCGCGAGCUGAACGGCCACGUGCCCGAGGGUGCCUCACAGCCUAUCAACGUCAAGGUGGCCGAGGACUACAGCAAGAGCAAGCAGAUGUACAUGCUGCAGUACAUGGGCUGCAUGGGUGAGCGCGCGUGA